AUGGCGUCAAAUAUUUCACAAGAUAAAUCAACUUCAAUCGCUUUCGUGUCCCAGAAAAGGAUAUACUCCAAACAUGGAUGCAAGGAAUGCAAACGACGAAAGAUUAAAUGUGAUGAAGGCAAGCCAUCUUGUUGGCAAUGUAUCCGAUUAAGAAAGGAAUGUUCUUAUCCUAAACCAGGGGAGAAGGUAUUAAGAAUACUGAAAAAGAAACAACGAGAGCAAUUGAUAAGACAAGAAGCAGCUCAGAAACAGCUGUUACUUCUACAUCAACCAUCCCCAUUGGAGCAACUUCAAAGCAAACACAGAGCACAUGCAUCACCAUUAUCAUCUAACUCAUCACAAGAUAGUUAUCGUGACACUAGGUCACCAAAUCCAAUGAUUAAUCGAACCCCCAUAUACCAACAGCACCAUUUCCCAGAAAACCACCACCAACAUCAACUUCGUCCACCUCCACCUCCACCUCCACCAUCACAGCAACAGCAAUACCCUUCACAUCAACCACUAUUACACCAGCAGCAGCUAGUACCCCCACCGCCACCACCGCCACCACAGCAACUACUGCCGUCACAUCAACAAUAUCAAAUAGCCCCUUCUGUUACCUAUUAUCCCAAUCCUCCAUCCUUUAUUCAAUAUCCUGUGCAUAUACUUCAAGUAGGUCCCCCCAGUUUACCUCAGAACGUUGUACCAAAUCAACCUAACCCUCCACCACCUCCUCCUGGACCACCAGCAGUAGCAGUAGCAGUUCCACCACCACCAUACCCUCAAAAUAAACAUUCGAUUGUUUUACCACCACCUCAAGCUUCUAAACUUCCAAUAAACCCCCUUCCUGAUCACUUAAAUAAAAGGCUGCAAAAUCCUACCACUGCUCCUUCUUUGAAAGUUACAAAUAGUGGAAGUAACAGCUGCAAUUCUAUUCCUAAUUUAUUAAACGAUACAAAUGUGUUGUCUGAUAGCAAUACAAUCAGUGGUUCUGGAAACACCCCACAAACACCACCUCAGCAGAAUGCAAAUAAUGACAUACAUAUUGAACAUAGUCAAUUUUCUAAUGACAACCUUAUAGACUAUUAUAAUCAAAAUGAUUUAGAUAUUUUAGCUACUGAUUUGAAUAAUAUUGUUAGUGAAAUCAUGUUUGAUUUUAAUUUUGUUAAAGAUAAAAACCCACCUUUAGACACAGAUGAAGGGUCGUUGAAAACAGCAACCUCAACUAAUGGGAGUCCGCCACCUUUAGAAACUGUCUCUUCAAACAAUCACAAUGUUCCUAUAGAUUUCAUCCACUUUAGAAAGAAAUCAGAUAAGACAUAUUUUGAAACAUUUUAUAAUGAGUUUGCCCAAAUUAUACUACCAUUCCCAAGUUUUGAUAAACAUAACAAUUGUUAUUUCAAUCCCGCAAGAGAUAUAAUUCUCAAGAGUGCUGCUAAAGUAAAGUAUUUACUAGCUGCAGUAUUAGCCAACGGGGCUCGACAACAGUUUAACAAAACAAAAAGUGAAGAAGACGAACAAGCAUAUUGUUUUUAUUUAUCACGGUGUUUAGAAUUAUUGGGACCAGCAAUAGCCAAUGAUGAUAAAGAAUUGGCUUCAAAUAUUGAAAAUGUUUUACUAACUGUAUUGCUAUUGACUGCUGGUAAUGCAUCAAAUUUGAGACAAGAUUGGCGGUCUCAUUUAAAAGGUGCAAAAGAUCUAUUAGUUAAAAACUCCCCAAAAAGUACAACUAAAAGAAAUCAUUCAAAAGUGUUUAUUUUCUGCAAAAUUUGGUUUGUUACUAUUGAAGUUUUAGCUGGUAUCAGUUCCCAAAAAGGUGGUACAUUACAAACCGAGCAAGAAAUUGAUGAGUUAAUCAAUUCUGGAGACGAUUAUGAACAACAGGUAUUAAAAGAAUUAGGAAUUAUUCUUGACAAUGGAUUUAAUAUUAUGGGAGGAUAUCAACAUGAGUGUUAUGAUUUUUUUGGGAAAUUGAUUAAAAUUUUGAAUCAAGAUAGAAAUGGAAAACUAAACCCUCAAGAAUCAUUUGAAUAUAUAAAACUUUUUGUUGACCUUGAAAAACAAAGGAAUCUUGAAUUUGUUGAUAAACGAGGUAGUUGGGUUUCUCUUGGCAAUGAGGAGAAUGACGAAUAUAGUAAUAUUAAAGAGGAAAAGCAUAUCCAUUCAUUAUUAAUGGAAAAAGUGCCAGCUGGUGACAACACGUAUCAAAUAAUUUCCUGGAUGGAUGUAUCCCAUCAAGCUUAUACUAUGGCAUCAAUGAUUACGAUUCUUGAAAAAUGUUUUGGUGAAAACUAUUCGAAUCCUCAAAUUCAAUUAUUAAGUGAUUCAAUAAUCCAAUUUGUUGAUUAUUUAUUUCAUUACCACACAAAUGGUCUGUUUCCUAAACAUAAAAUUGAAAGUGCAUUAAUGAUGUUACAAUGGCCUCUUCUUGUUGCGGGAAGGAAUAUUGGUAACAAUAGUGCUGUCGAUAAUAGCGAUGAGACCACCAACACAAUCCAACACAAGAAAGAUGUCGUUAUAAAAUUCUUUGAGGCUCUGUCACGAGUAGGUUCUGGUGGUGCAUUGAUCGCAUCGAAAAUUAUUCAAAAAAUCUGGAGCAAAAGAGAGAAUAAUGAAGAAUUUGAUAAUGACGAUAACGAAAACGAGGAUUUGUUAUCUUAUUAA